UCUGAAAAUAUGGCGGUUGAGUGACGUUUGACCGCGCAGCUCUUUCAUAUAAUCGAUUAUUAAGGAAAUUCUAUUUUAGUUUAUACAAAAUGCCUGAAACAAUUAUUGAAAGUGUCCUUAACGGAAAAAUUGACAUCGCAUUAUUGAUAAGAUGGCUCGGAAACGAACCAGUAGAGGAUAGCAACGAAGAUUGUGUGUUACUGUGUUGCAAUAGAAGCGAGUUUGUUGUCCAAUUCUUAUCUUAUUUGAGGAAUCAAACAGAUAGCAUUUUACAAACCAAUACCAAUGCACACCAAAUUCUACAACAUCAAAACACACCAGAAAAAAUUAUAAAUUCACGUCGCAACCACCGCAGAUCUAUCAGUGAUCCAACCAGUGAUGAUAGAACAAUGGAUAGUCUUUCAGUCAAAACAGAUCGUCAGAGAAGCCACGAAUCAUCUCCAAGUAAAGAUCGUAAGCGUACUGGAAGAAGGGUAAAAACUAAAUUAUUUAAUGAUGACAAAAAAGACCAGUCAGUAUCAUCUGAUGAUUCAAGAUUGAGCAGCGGUAUUGAAAGAAUAGCUGUAUCUAGUACACCGCUGAAAAAUGGAGUCAAAGACCACCCAAAUCUGCCAUUGGCCAGUCCUGUUACUCCGCGAAGUUUUAAAGAAUACGAACGAUGUGACACUCCUAGAUUAACUCACAGGCAUUCCAGAUCUCAUGAGAAAAGUUGUCUCGGUGACUACUUAGUUACAGCACAAAAAAGUACGAAGAAAAAGAAAGUUAACAAGAACAUAUCAAGUGAUGACACCACAGACAGUAGUAUGGCCUUAGACCUGAGCAACUCAGACAUGUUUCCAGAGAUAGGGGUUAGGAAAUCUAGUUCCUUACGUUCAGAGAGACGAAGAAUUAAACCCACUAAUAUUGACAAAACUGUCGCCCAGAAAAGCUAUUCAUUAAAUAGUUUCACAUCUGAAUGUUUCCAACAGCCUUCACCAUUAGCUCUAGAAGACAAUUUAGCUUUCAAACCACAGAAUUUGCAGCCAAAAGAAUCGGCUAAUACAUUUGAAGUGGAACGUAACAUGUUGAAACAGGAAAGGCAUAAGCUUAUGGAGAAAUUUAAUAUUUUAAAUACUUCCACCUCAUGUACUACUAUCGUAACUCCACAGAUUAAGGUGUCCCAAAAAGAUUCUUUUGAGAAAAACGUAAAUUAUAUUAAAUCAGAUAACACCAAGAUCAUUUUUAAAGAGAAAAUAGACAUGUUAAUAGAAAUAUAUGAUGCAUUAUUGAAAAAUAAUUUAAUACUUAGUAUUAUAACGGAAAUAUAUUUUCUAAUAUCUAUUCUACUUUCUAAACAAAUAGAAGAUGACUAUGUUAUUGUUGAAACUAAUUUAAAAAAGAACAAUUUAGAUUUUCUAUUGAAAUCGAUACACAAUUGUACAUAUUUUGCAGUUAAGUCUUUGUGGGCUCAAAGAGUGGUAUUGGAAGUUAUUUUAGAUAAAAAUUCAUUGAAAAUACUUGGUGAGAAUAAAAAAGUAAGGUCCUUUUAUCCGGAUUUAGCGAAGUUUCUAUUGAAUUCAUAUGGGCUGAAGUGUGAAGCAGAGAAUAAUCAAGAAAGAAAAAACACACCAGAGUGUAGAACGUCAAAUGGGGUCAUUUGUUUUAAUCUUGAAACGGAUAAUAUAGAUAAUUUUCCAACCGUUGCGAGCUUCCAAAACUUUAAAAAGCAACGUGAUAUGUUCUACCAAAUUUUGAGAUGGUACCAAGAGAUGCAAACGUCAGGUGGAUCCAGGUCUACAUUCCGCGCGAGGAUCAAAACCUUGCUGACUUGUGGACAGUCACCGGCGAAUUACGCGCACCUCGCUGCUCUGUUCACAGCUCAUAUGCUCUCCGAGUGUCUACCACAUAAUACACAGGAAUCGAAGCUGAGCAAACUGCAACGUCGACUGACUUGCCCCACUGCACCGGAGUCACACCGACUGCCCUACUUCUCAGUUAAAGAAUUGUUUUAUAAGGAGUUUAUAAUGUACACUGAGAAUGAAUCAUUCCGCGUGCACCUUCGAGAUGCGCUUGCUUCCGAGAUUAUUGUCUUGGAUUCAACUCCUAUCGCGACAGACGACAGAGCAAGUGGCUCUGAUAUAUCCCAUGAGUACCUCCAGUUGUCGAAGAAACUGGGUCUUUUGGCUAAGUUCCUUGGGUUCGUGUGGUCACUGCCAUAUACACAGGUACCUCUGGACAGUUCCAAGUCUGUGGGCGUGCGCCCGCCACACAAUCCCCUGUCAGCUCCACCCAAGGAGAGAGUACUCGAGAACAACUUGGCUCUUAGAAAUUAUAGCCAACCCAGCAUAGACCUGAAGGGUCUCUUGAUCAAUGCGUACAAAAACUCCCGGAUCUCCAUAACUCUUCCCUGGAUGGUUCAUUAUCUAUCGCAACUAGACUACACCACAAUUCGAAUAAAAUAUUACCAAGAAUUACUAAAAAUCAUCUUCAAUAUAUACACAGACAAACUAAAGCUCACCACAGAGAAUUCGAUGAAGAAAAACAUGGCUAUAUACUUGAAAUCGAUUCUCGGCUGGCUAUUCGAUUUGCCGCAUUUUCCAAUCGAGUUGUUUUAUGAGAAAAAUAUUGUAAUUAGUCUUGUGUGCGAAGUGAAUGUUGAUUGUUAUGAUAUAAUCGAUGAAUCAAUGCUAUUUGAGUUGUGUCCAUUUUUAAAGGAUGUGAAUGUAUUGCUGUCUACAUGUAGGGUGUCACAUCAUCAAAAAGAAGUUGGUAGUUUCCGUCAUAUAACGCCAGUCAGUCUCAGCUUUAAUACUGAAGAUCGAAUAAGGAAUAAAGAAAAGGAAUUACAGAGCCGGCUCGAGGAGGAGUUCCUGAAGAGCCAGCCGUCGUCGUGGCGGCGCGUGCUGGAGCUGGUGGUGGAGCGCGUGACGGCGGGCUGCGUGCGCGAGCUCACCGCGCGCCCCCUGGCGGCCGCGCGCGCGCGGGCACGCGCUCGGGCCCACGCACUCGUCGUGCGGCCCGGCCCCGCUCCUGCACCGCCCGACACGACUAAUCUCCUAGAGUCCCUACAAGCUCUCUACUUGGAGCAACUACAGCAAGUACGAACUUCCGCGCUGGAGACUGCCGCCGCCUGGAUUCGGACCCGGAGUGCCCACGCGCUAACCGCGUUGCUGCCGGCCGCGCCUCCCGCCCUGCACGCUCUCGCCGUCAAGGGCUGCCUCGGGAGGUUACGCAAGUGGAUCGACGACAAUUGGACCACUACUGCGAUCCUGUGUAAGGAUAUCGAGGCGGAGAUGAAGGCGCUGGUGUCGCUGGGCGAGUGCGCGGCGAGCGGCGGGCGGGUACCGCCGUCCCCUACCGCCGGGCCCGCGCCGCCCGACUUGCGGGCACUUACCGCUCCCGCGCCGCAUUUCCACGCCGUCAACGUCAGCCCCGCCGCGAUCAUCAUACAAAUCAAGGAACAAAUCAGUCUGCUGCUAGAGGAUGAGGAGGUUGGUGAUUUGGAACCAUUGCUUGCGAACUGCGCGGUGUGCUGUUCGCCGAGCAACUUGUUCGGCCGACUGCACACACAACGUGCUAUCCUACACCUCAGCGUCGAUCUGUGCAUCGUGCUUGUUAGCAAAAAACCAGAUGAAGUAACUGACAUGUUCCUUAACAAUCUCCACGCUGUCUGGAACACAUGUUGUCCAGAUAGGAAGAAGAAUCAAACAGAAGAGAGUUCAAUAUCUGACCGACGACCAGACCUCUCUCCUGACUUCAGGAACUUUGAAGAUGACCGAGCACCAACACCAGUAUCAGAUGAUGACGUAAAAGUUACAACUCCCAUCAUUAUCAGUCCAGGUGUAGUAGAGGUAGCAAGCAAUCAGAAAGAAGAAGUAACUUAUGUAGAAGAUAAUAAAGAAGAGUUUUUAGGAAUAUUCGAACGUGUGUUGUGUCCCCGGAAUAUAGUGUUGCUGAGUCAUUCUCGAAGUCCAGGACCGGCCUGGGCCUCGAUGGCGAGGCUCCUGGUGUUUCUACUGCAUCAUCAUUACCUUAGCGAAGACUCCCUCACAGAACAGUGCCUGGCGGUGUACAGGCAGGAUUGGCCACAGAGUAUUCUGGAGAGCUUGUCCACGUGCAUGAAGUCGGUAUCAUCACAAUGGUCCCGAUCAUCUACAGGGAAAUUCAAUUUGUUUCUUGACUUCUUAGCCGAAUACUGCGGUGACAUGGAGUAUGAGCCGAUGGAGUAAGGAAAUAUUGGUUCCUAUCUACAGCUAACCAUGGAAUAGUAGGCUGUUCCUUUAUAAUAAACUUACAUUCGCUCUCACGAAAGCUUCCCGAACACGACGUAGAAGCUUUAGUUAAUUUACAGUGGAGGACGUCAUUGGUACUCGUUAAAGGUGUACUCGAAAAUUGUAUGUUGUACAAUCUUCACGCCGGUCCCUGGUGGAGCAGGCAGAAAGAAUGGACACAGAAAUAACACAAUAAUAGUAGUAACGAAAAACUAGACUAGAUUGUUUAAAAUCCAGUCAACAAAAAAGGUAUAAAAAGUACCAUAAAUAUUUUCACGAAUGGUCGUGAUGAGAUAGUCGGGUACACUUGUGAACUAUUAUCAUUGUGGUGAAUGUAAAAUGUCAAGUACAUGUCCACAUUUAUUGUAUAAAUAUUUUUCGAAUUAUGAAAAUUCUAUUCUAAUAUAUUGCACAUGUUUGUACGUGCGUAUUAAAAAUGUCAAAGCGGACGGGCCAAAAUAAUUUUCAUUGCUUAGGUGUAAGAGUUGCUACUAAAACAUAUCGUCAUAGUCGUAGAAUACUGACGGAUCUUUUUAUGUAAUAUUUGUCAGAUCCGUCAUUAUCCUACAACUAUGACGAUAUGUAACAUUUGAACGUGAGGGAGUAUCAUUUUUGAUUACUUAGCUCUAAAAGACAAUUGUCUAAGACAAAAAAAUAUUGUCUUGACAAAAAAUGUCAAGACAUUUUUUUAGUAUAACUGCUAACUUAUCAAUUGUUACCCGUAACAUGCGACCUCGUCAAAUGUAAUUAUUUAUAUCAAACUCAAGCUUCACACCUAAUUAUAUGAGACUACUGAAUUUAUUGAUUACUUAAUAACAGUUUAUAUACCGGCCAGUAUCUUAACAAUUGGCCAACUAAACCGUUAGUUUUUUAAAACGGUAACAUUAAAUGAUCCAGUGAGAUUUAUUUUGAGUAACAUUUAGGCCUUACCACACUGAUUUUAUUUGUGGGUAUAAGUGUAAGCUUCUUAUGAUCGUUUGUAUUUAUUAUAUAUACAAUAUUGUUGCUGCCUUAUAUUUGCAAUUUACAAAACUUUUAAAAUAAAUUAAACGAUUAUCCUAUACUUUUUCGAAUCGAAUUUUAAUUAUAUUUACCUAAACUUCACGUAGUAAGCUUGACAUAAUAAAAUGUUUAUAUUAUUUCUAAUCAUAGGCAAGAGUAAUUUUUUUUUAAUUUUUGUUUGUGAAUUUCUUUACAGAUUUUCAUAAACUAGUCUGGUUAAUAAAAUUUGAUAGUAGUUGACUAAAUAUAAAUAUUAGCUUUGAAUGUCAGAUAAAAUUUAGUUUAAUUAUCUAACUAAAUGACGUACGUAUGUAUGUGGAAAUCUAUAUAAUUAAAUUAAUUAUAUAUUUGGGAAUAAAUAAAACUUAAUUAAUUAUUAAAUAAUUAAGUUUUAUUUUUAUUAAAAAUAUAUGUAUGAGUGAGUCGAAAUAUGAAAAUAACUGCAACUUUUCCCGCGUAAUAAUUACCGCUUCCUUGUUCGAGUUAUCUGGAAGUUUUUAAUAUACCUCAAAGUUUGAAGAGGAAAGCCUUUAAUCAGUGCGUGUUGCUAGUGAUGCUCUAUAGCAUCUAAACAUAGUUCUACACAGUGUACCGUAUUCAAAAGAUUUAAAUUACUCAACGAGCUAUGGAGAAGGCUAUGCUCGGAGUAUCUUUGCGACAGAAUCCGAAAUGAGGAUAUUUUGUGUUUCUACCGUGAAGCAGUUGUGUUUGCAUGGCUGUGUUUCGGUUUGAAGGGUGGGAUAUAGCUGUAAAAUUACAGUAAGUCCUCGGGAAUGGCAACACCGUGGGAGGUAUCAUUGGCGAAUUGUUAUGUCCAUGGUAUUGCUUAUGUAUAGGCGACGGUUAUCGCUUUCCAUCAGGUGGGCCAUCAGUUUGUUUGCCAUUCUAAGUUACAUUAAAAAACUGCAAAAGAAUCAAAGUAACCGACAUAGUCUGAAGGAUACGCAAGCUGAAGUGGCAAUGGGCUGGUCGUAUAACUCGAAGAACCGACAACCGAUGAGGAAAAAAGAUUCUUAAGUGACGACCUUAAAUGCAUUGCAGGAAGUCAGUCAGGACUGCUCCUUUGGCAGUCUAUGGGGGAGACCUGUGUUCAGCAGUGGACAUAUGAUGAUGAUGAUGAUGAUGAUGAUGAUGAACUAUAAUAUAAAACAACAUUUGUCUGUGUAUCAUAACAGACUCAGGUUAGCACAGAUUUUCAUGUGAUAUUUAUUUCAAUUCCUAAUUGUUAUACCUACCUAUAAAAUAUAUGUUUUGUCAUUAUAAAUUAUUUUUUAUUGCGACUAUUAAAGAAAAUAUAUGUCGGUUAAUAAUAUUUCAAAAUUAGAGAUAUUUAAUAGAGAUAAUUCAAAAUUUAUCACAACUUCAUAAAUCAUAAUGUGUUUAUAAAAUGUGUGCUGGUUCUUGUUAUUAUAUAUUAUUAUUUAUUAUUUAUAUUAAUUGUAAAUAAAAUUGCCGUC